AUGCAAAACAACGCGAGAAAGCCUCACCCGGUUAAACCCCGACUGAGCAGUGUUAAUAAUGCCGGUGGUCCAUCAUCCAAACAUGUCUGCAAACCUCAGAGCAGAAAAAUUUCUUAUCGAGUUGGAUACAACUGGAAUAGAGGUGGAAGACUCAAGGAGCUGAGAAUAAGGUAAGAAGACUCUCAAUGUGAAUAAAAACAAACUCAAAACUUACAUUUUUAGUCUUGCUUUUAACAAAAUUUUAUAUCAUUAACUUUACGUGUUUUAGCAUUUAUCUCUUUCUAGUUUUAAUGACAGGAUCGUCAUUUAUUGAGCUAUUUUGGUGCUCUUAUUUUAGUGUCUUUUACUGUUGUUUUUAUUUCAUUUUACAGCUAACUGAACAAAAACAUGGCAGUCCAACAGUAUCACCAAACUGUCAUCCAUGUGAUCACACUCAAUAGUAGAUAACUUUUAGAGAUGUGUCAAGUGAGACAAAAAGACAACUGAAUUUCCCUUUGAGGAUUGAUAAAGUUAUUCUUAUUCUUAUUUGUGUAUGAAAAGUGCUAUAUAAAUAAAGACUGAUUGAUUGAUUGACUAAAUGUAGACUUCUUAAUUUCAGCUUCAAACUUAAUCAUUUAUGACAAAAAAUGUUCACUCACUGUAGGCAUUUGGCAAGAAAGUUCUUGAAGAUAUGGAUUCGGAGGACCUUUGGCCGUAUUCUCCCCCAUACAGCAAAGUAACUAUACCUAUAAUUUUGGAAAUACUGUUUGUAUGCAUGUCUGUCUAUAGUUUGUUAGUUAGCAGGAUCACAGUCUGUUUUCCCAGUUGUAAAUGUCCUGCCUACCACAGUUUGGAAAUCUAUUGCGUGUUGCAGGUCCCACUAUAACAAUGUGGUCUUGAGACGAGCCUUUGCAGGAUGGAGAGAUGAGUGGUGGACAUCCCAGAGGGAGUGGAGUCUAAGCAUGCGAGCAGAGUGUCACUACAGGUCCACAGUGUGUUUUUCAGCCGGUCAUAAAAAUCAGAUAUACUGUAAAUCACUAGUAACAUAUUUUUGUGUUGCAGGUAUUAUCUGUGUAACUUGGUGUUACGUCACUGGCAGAUAUUUGUGUCACUGCGGAGGGAGAAGAAGAGCAAACUUCAAAAUGCUCAGCUGUUUGGUAUGAUUGCGGCUGAUUAGAGGACAUCAUUUCAUCCUAAAGCCUUGUGUGUUUUGUCUGAAAUCACUUUGUUUCUUUUGCCAGCCGACAGAAAAAGAAUGAGUCUGGUUUUGGACAGGUGGGAGGUUUUCGUUGACAUGAAGCGCAUCAAGAGAAAGAUGCUCGAAUCUGCCCUCGAGCUGAGACGACUCACAACUCUGCAGUAAGAACAUUACAUUUCAUAUCAAACCUACACUUAUGAUGUGUGGGCAACUGGUUUUAACACUUUUUUUGUUAUAUUUAUGCAGUUCAGCUUGGAGGUUGUGGCAGGCUAGGCUGCAGCACUGUAAAGAUUUGUACACUCUAGAGAGCCAAGCCUUAAAAGAGAAGGAGCUAACCUUACAACGCAGGGUAAGGACAUUGUCUGGUGUGCUUUAGAUUAAAAGAAUGUUACAAUCACAUGCAAAAGAUGACUGAUUUCCUUCCUUUCAACUUUUCAUGGUAUUUCUACCAAAGGCCUGGUUUCAGUGGAAAGAAAUGCACACAGCUGCUCUUUGUCAGAAAGAAAAGGAAUCCAAAGCUGCACUUCACUUCAUCCUCUGCCUUAAAAGAAAAACAUUGCACCACUGGAAAUGUGUUGUGCCAUGUAUGAAGAAGAAAAGAGAGUCAGAAGGUAGUUUCAAACACUAUUGAGGACUUUUAUUUGAGCACUUUAAUAAGCUGCUAACUUCUUAACACUUUUGUUCAAAUACUUACAGCUGCUGCCCAGCGUACCCGCCAUCUUCGCCUGUUGGCGAUGUGUUGGAGCCGAUGGAAAAGCUCACUGCAUCACAAAUGGAACGAGGAGAAUCGCCUGCAAGCUGCAGAGCGUUUCGCCAUACAGAGCACCAAGCGCAGAACACUAGAGUGCUGGAAAGCUUGUAUCCUAAAAUUUAUUCAUAAAACGCAUAUUUAUAUUUUCAUACCAAAUAUGUCACCAUUUCCAGCCCAGUGAGGGUCAGCAGGAGGUCAUAUUUAAUGGCACAGUUAUUUUUCUUAAGCAUUUCUGUAGAUGUGAUGCUGUGUAGGGAAGAUGCUGAUAAAGACAGGAAUGCAACUCAACAUCAUUGCCAUAAUCUGCUGGUGAGAUCCUGUUUGAAAUAAAGCAGUUGCUCAUAAACAGAGAGUUUGAUAAUGAAUGUAUUGAUUGCUGUGUGUUCUUGUUGCAGCGUGCAGGUUUUAUGGGACUUUCUCUGAAUGUUCUUAGGAAAAAAACGCAUCGACUGAACAAAAUCAUGGCAGUCCAACAGUAUCACCAAACUGUGAUUUUAAGCAGCACUACCAUCAUCCUCUUAUUUUAAGUUUCACAUACAUGCCUGGAGUCAGGUUUCCAGGGAUUCUUGACUUGAUUUUUAUGUUUUACAGAUGAGAACAAAGUACUGGAGGUUGUGGCAGGACCGUCUGGAGGAGGCUGAAGACAAGAGCUUUAAACAGCUGGCAGAAACGGCUUCGACUAACUACAGGUGAUUUUAAUUUGUAUUUCCUAUUCUAUACCACUUGACAUUUUGAUACCGUCGAGUAAAAGCUGUAAAGACUGCUGAACUCAAGGUAAAAAUAAAUGAACCAUGAAGUUGGUGAAUUUUUUGACUUGGAUUGCUUUCCUCUCACAGCACAUCCCUGCUCAGCCGCUGUUUUCAGCACUGGAGAGAAACACUUGCUCAGCAGAGACACAUGCAGGUAUGUUAUGAUCCAAGGUGUGAUCGAUGUAAACAGAGCAUUGUUAGAGAUUUCUAUUGAUAUUCUGCAGAAGUGAACAGAAGGAAGGAAUUUUAUGACUGUUGAAACUAUAAAGCACCCAAAAAGUAACCUCUACAAAUUUUCGGUGGUUGUUUGAAAUUAAAAACUGAUAUGAACUUAAGAGUAUGAGCUGGUGUUUACAAAAGCUAAAGUUAGGGACACAUAAAAAGCAUAGUUGUGUUUCUGUGCAGGGGGUAAACGUGGAGCAAUAUCAAUGCUUCAGUCAAAACUGUUACAGGAUUUAACUCCUUUCUGUGUUUUUGCGGAAUAAAAUUGUUAAAACUAAUGUUAGUAAACUCUUUAUGCAUGUAUCUUUAUUCAUCUAAAACAUGUUAAUCCAGUUUUAAAAAUUCAUUCAAAACUUCAGUAAACAUUAAGAUAACUUUCUGACAUGGUUUUCUACAUAGUUUACCAAAAAAAAACAUUUUCUGCAGGAAUUGGAGCGUCAUGCAGACAUUUGGUUUGCUGAACGCAUCCUGCCUCAGUGUUUUGACUCGUGGGCUGAGUUCACUCUGCAGAGAAAACUUAGUAAACAAAGGAAACACGAGGCAAACGUCUUCAAUCAGUGAGUUACAACCUCCCUCAUCCUCUUCCUAAAUGUUCAUUCAAACUGGAAUUCAUUCCCAUUCAUAAAAGAGCUUAUUAGUGUCAUGUUUGGACUUGAUUUCUUGUGAUCACUGUGUUUUCAGGCAGCACCAGUAUACCUGGGUCUUUUACACCUGGUGGGGACGAGCAGAGCAGCACAAGGAGCAAAAGUUGUCAGAGAGGAUGGUAUGUUGCUGUAAACAAAUUAAAAUCAGUUUUAUUUGCCAAGUUUUUACAGUUUUGGAAACAGACUCCUCUACACAAACAUGUACAAACAUUGGACAAGAAAUAUUACAAAAAUACCGACAAGCUGAUAUAUCGACAUUUAACUUAAAUAUACAAGUUUGUUUUUGGCACUGUGUAUUGUUUAUUGGAUGUGCAAAGUUGAGGAUGACAUGCUGACAGGCAACUUGCUGUUACUAGGCAUUCCUUCAUCAUGAACGGAGCCACCUGCAGAGAGCCUGGAGUCGGUGGAGGCAGCGCACAGAGCAGCGGAUCAUUGAGGAGGAGAAACAGGAAGCGUCAGAGCAUCUGUACAAACACCGACUGCUUCACAAGACAGUGAUGCAGUGGAAGGACAACAGCACAGAGAUGCGAGACAGGUGGAGAGACUAAAGGGUUGAACUAGAGGUUAGAAAGUGCUGCACGGUUGAUCAACAUGUUUUUGACUAUAAUUGUUUGCACAUCAGGAGAAGUCGAGAGCAGCAAGCCUGUCGGCAGUGCAACCUGCACUGCAUGAGGAGGGCUGUGGAAAAAUGGAAAAAGGUGAGUCUUUGGUAUUUUUGAAAAGCUUAUUUCUCAGUUAAAAAAGUGACUUUAUGGACCGAGAUGUGAGUUCACAAUGCCAAGAAACCGAGAAACAGAAUCCAACACAAGUUAGACGUACAGUAGUCUUUUUCAGGUUCAUUUUGUGUCUGUAAGUGUGUCAGUGACUUGUGUGUAUGUGUGUGUGUAUACUCAGUUUGUUCACAGGCAGCAGGUGAAAAAGAGCAAACUGCGGGAGAUGCAGCGUUUUCAUGAAGUCCAACUCUUAAAACACACAUUUAUGGCCUGGAAGGUAACAUAAAAAAUUUGUAAUCAAAUAGUAUUUCUUAAAGCUUGUGAUUAUAAAGAUGAUAUUAAGUCUGUUGCCCUCUGUGACCUGCUGUGUUCGCAGAAACACACUCUACAGACAUCUCAGCUCUAUAGUCAUGCGGAGGAACUUUACAGACAACAACAGGAGAACCUGUGCAGGUAUUGAAGUGAUUUAGAUAUUUUUCUUAAAAUAUGAUCCACCAGCUGCUUAUUAAUGCUACUGUCUGCUCCAAUUCUCCUCUGUCUGAAUCAUACCCCACUCAGAAAAGUUGUAUGCACUUGGAGAGGGAAUGCUGCGCUACGAGCUGAGGUCAGGCUCAUGAAGCAAGAAGCACAGACUCGCUAUGACCAUGUCCUUCAGCUUAAGGUUGUAAAACACUCUGGUGCCCUCAGUCUGUCGUUGUACUUCAACUGUAGAAGCCUUUUCUCAUUGCUUGUACUGAAUCAUCAGGUGUUCCUUGCCUGGAGAGGAGUAACGCAACAUGUAAUGUCGAGACACCGCCAGCAGAGGGAGGCAGUCGGCACAGUUCAGAGGUCCAUGAAUGAAGGUGAUGAGAUAGGAUUGAAGUCUAUUUUAAUUCCUGUUUUUCCCACAGCUUUAUGUCAGGAGGCAUUUUUCAUUUCAUGUAAAUUGAUAUUUUUCUGCCUUUACUCACAGCUGACUGGCCAAAAUCAGAUUAGACAGAGAUUAAAAUCCAUGUUGUGCCAGUAUUUUACUUGCAGUAGAAGCGUUGUCUGCUUUUUAACAUGACGUAUCCUUUGUUUAGUGCAACUGCUGAGGUCUUUCAGACAUUGGAGGAAGCAGACCAGAGCGGCUCGGAGAGAGAGGAUUUGCAUGGAAAAAGCCAGACAGCACCACGCGUCCAAACUUCUCUCUACAGCAAUGAAAGCGUGGAACAAGCAUCACUGCCAGUGUCGUAAAAACAAGGUGGCACCUUCACCAACAAGUAGCUGUUUUACAAACUUACAGCGCUGUUUCAACGCCGUAACGUGAAAUAAUAUGAUCAUUCUACAGGUUGUGAAACGGCAGGGGAUCCUGCUGCUCAGGCUGAAGAUGUACCAGGUGUACUUUGAACAGUGGAGAGUAAAGGUUUGUUAAUAUCCUUUUAAUAGACAAAUAAUUCAGCCUCUCUCUCAGAAGUCAUUUACUCAUUUAAUUUACUUAUGGAGCAGUUAAAGAUUUGUUUAAUGUCUUCAACAGCUCAGGAGGAUUUUCUUAAAGCUGGAAGAAGAAAAAUCUUUUACAAGAUUCAGCUGUUAUUUUUGGAAUCACUUGAAAAAGAAAUUGCAUUCAGGGCAGCUUGAUUAUUCAGUCAUAGUUAUGAGGAAUGUCCUCAAACCUGAUGCUUAAAAAAGACACCAAAGUCGUGGAACAAACCUUCAAAAAUGUUGAUCUGAGCUCAAAAGAGACAGAAAUCUAGAGAAUUAGCUUUGUUUCAUUUGCAUAAAGCUUUCCUGCAUAAAUCUGUAGUAUGAUCAGACAGUCAGUCUGAUGUAUGUGGUUUGAUUUAGAGCAGAUGAACUCUUGACCGUGACUUUGGUUUCCUUCCUGCUCACAGCUGCAGCACAGACAGAGAGAGACUCAGCAGACGGAGCGAGCGCUCUGGCACUGGUCCCUCUCUCUCCAGGCCAAGGUAACACCUGUCGUCUACUACCUACAGGAGCACGAAACAUGUAACCUUGGUUUAUCCUGAUGCUGUUUCUUGCUCCUGCAGGUGCUGUGUGGAUGGCGGCUUUGGGUCACAGAGCAGCACUGGAAACGAGAGCAGGCAGCCAAAGCUGCAGAGGCCUACAGAGACCAGCUGCUGAAGGAGGGCGUGUCAUGCAUCCUCACAUAUGCUGCUCACAUGAACGAUCUCACAACGAACCUAACACAACAAAGCCAACCACAGGUUGGAAUGCGUGUCAAGGUAUUUGUAUUAUCUCAAACAUUGAAUUAGUUGAUUCAGUCUCCUUGUGUCCUGCAGAGGUCUCGACGUCUGCAGAGAGUGGCGAAGCGCUGUGCUCUGCGAUGGAAGCAGCGCGCUCUGUGUAAACCAGAGAGAAAGCAAGAGGUCAAAGGCCAUCCACCAAAGAAGAGCGUGAGCUUCUGUUUGACUGGACUGAAGAGUGUCUCCCUGUUUGACUCAGAGGAGCCGGAAGCCGGAGAGCUUAGCAAGCUGUGAGUCCAAGCCCCUGACAUGCUUUGAGUUAGUGAGCAACCAUAGACUGUAUAUAGAAUGGAUGCCGUCUGCCUCCUCGCUGGGUGAAGCCACUGUGAGAAGAGCACCCUCUGUUGACGGGCUGCAGUAUAGGUCAUAAAGCCCGCCUCCUCCAGCAAUCCCUAUGGAGUUGUGGACAAACUUUAGAAAUUUAUCACACAGAAUGUAAAUUUUUCUCCCCCCUGCUUGUGAUGUUGACAUGUAGUUUCUGUAAGACUGGUUUGUGCUCAAGUCCUCUUUUUUCUGUACAGCUCCAUUUUUAAAAGUUAUUAGGGGUUCAUGUUUUCUAUGAUUGACACCUGAUACAGCCUAUGGGCAUACGAAGAUUGAGUAGCUCACCCGAGCGUCAUCACAGCGACUCUGGGUGACUCUUCCGCCGAAUGCGUACAAUGCUACUGCGCAAUGUUUGUUUCAGGAAGUGGAGAAAAUCCCGGAAAUACUGAGAGCCUUUCAGCUUCAAAUUCAUAUAAUGACAGGAGGCGGAGCCAAGUUGUCUGUAAUAUAAACAGUCUAUGUGUGCAACGAACGGAAUCAGAAUCACAGGAAGCUUCUCCUUUUUUUCAGACCGCCAAACCAUUCACAUCGACGCCAACCACGCCGCUGUGAGGAACUGUUUGAAUCUCCAAUAAAAACAAAGUACUGUCCUUUUUUCAACUAAAAUGAAAGAUGAGAUUUCAAAUUAAUUAUCUUCCUUAAUUCACAAUAUGGAGUCUAAACUCCAUCCCAUGCUGACUAAAGCUUCUUUGAUGUUUUUCAGCACUCAUGACUAUUCUGGCAACUCAAAUGCUAAAGUGGCAACAAAGCCCUCCAAGCUCGGCCCAGAGGAGCACAGAUAUACGGUGUCCUCCUGUGUCCAUCCAAGCAUCAUCAUACCUAAUGUGCCAGUCUCCGGGAUCCAUGUUUCGACCGCAGACCGUCCUCAGGAAAACCAAGAUGUUCUUCUGCCCCCCUCUGCUUUCAUGGCCACAGGAACGAAGAACAUGGUAACAACCUGUUGGACUUAUCAGAAUCCUCUCAGUGUUAAAUUCAGGAAAAAUGGGUUCAGUUGUUGUUUGUUCUGUUUCAAGUGUGGGAAGAUGUGUUCCACAAGCUCUGCAGAUGGUCCAUUUAUCCCUCCUGGAGAACAACAAUCAUCAGCUGACCCAGGUAUAGUUCCUGCACUUGUCUUCUUCGGUUUAUAUGAAGUUUGCAUGAUUAUCCAGUUUGAACUAUUAAUAUGCCAAAAAGUCUUUGAGCAAGUUGCUGUUUUGCUUCUUCAAGAGGUACAUCUGAGAACAUCUAGUGGAGAAACUCUGGAAGAAUCAGCGGCUGAUUUAACUUCAACUCUUACAAGUGAGCUUUCCCUGAUUCAGCUCGACAUGCAGACAUACCAGCAGGACAGGAAACAGCUUCGGUGAGAUACCUGCAGUAACAAUUUUCCAAAACAUACGACACUAUAUCCACCUCCUGACUGAAUAUUUGUGUGAUUGUUUUGUCAGGGCUUGGCAAAAACUGAGGCAGGUGCUGCAAAGUUGGCUGCAGACCAGCGGUCAAGAUGAACAAAUGGAAAAGCGUGCUGUUUGUGAGGAGCUAAAGGAAGUAAGCGGAUAAUUUGUUGUUGUAUUAUGCUCCAUCACUUUAAAUAAGCAUAUCAGAGAUGAGUCUACAUCACUUAUGUCAAACACAGUGGCUACUGAGACGUUUCAAUCAAUAAGGUCUACAGAGUUUCAAACACAAGUGUUGAAUUAAGAGAAUGAUAAUUUAGUAUAUCUGGGAUUUCUUUUAAUGUUAAUGGAAGAUGUGUGUGAACUAAAACGUGUGAACUUGAAAGACAAACACCUGAAGUGAUAAGUAUUCACCUUUAAUGACUUUUUUUGUAUUUAAAUAAGGGAACUUAUAAAAUAGUGUCCUGGUUUCAGUAAAUUAAUUACAGAGAAAAUAACACACACAGACACACACAGAUGUCCUCUGUUACGGUCCUCCUGUAACUUUUCUGAUUUAAGUCUCCGCUUUAAAUCACCAGCUUUGAUAAAGUCAGAGGUCACAUGAGGGGAAACUGUAUGUAAUCACCGACACAGUUCUUCUAUCUGAGUCACAGUUAAUAUUUUUCGUUGACAGCUGGAGGAGCGCAUCGACCACCUCUCCACUGACCUGGAAAGAAGGAAAACUAUGAUGAAGCUUCAUGCAGAGAGGAUUCAGCAUUUACGGACUGUCCUUAAUUUAUCUGGAGUUCCUCUUCUCCAUCAGAAACCAGAGGAUACUCUUUGUUUACAGCGUGACCUGACAUGUGCUCACACACUCCAGAACUGA